ACUCUAAUCGAGACGAAAAACAAAAGCGGACGUUGGCUGCGCGUCGCUCCCGAAAAACAGUUAAUUUGUGGACGCUUUUUCGCGAGUGCAGACAUAAAUAAACCAUCAAGUCUUGUGCUCCAUUCCAGACUAGAUAAUCGGUUAAGGCCAAUGUGAAUCCAAUAAAACAAAGAAGUGUCGCCCUGCGUCGGCGGAGAAAUGUUGAAUGGACAGUCGCGUCUAACAAGAAAACAAGUACACACAACACAGCCAUCGAGUGCACAUAAACAAGACGAGACGGCCAACGCAGAAUCAAGUGAAAACCUAUUUUAAAACGCCGAGCUAUAUUUAUUUUGUUGACGCUCAGGAUUUUCGGUGUUUGCAACUGAAUGUCUGCGAGUGCGUGUGAGUGCGCGAGUGGCAGUGUGUGGGUUGCAUACCACGGCGAAUGCGAAUAACUGCAAUUGCAAUAGAGAGCAGACACAUACACACAUAAUUGGAUUAUGGCCACACGGCAAUAAGAACAGAAAGGAGAGAGCAAAACCGAGAGAGCAGUCGCCAAAACCAAACGGACUUCCAACUGCGAGCGCUUCCAGUGCAGCUUCCACAACUGCAACGUGCCAAGAAUAUCGAAGAACAAUCCAAUACAUUCCAGAAAACCGAUAAUACACAACCAACUAAGUACACAAGUUUCCAUUACGAAGCAAGUAACAGUGAUUGAUGAUAGUUAGUUCUCACAGUUUUUUUCUUGUUUCAAAAUUUUGAGAGUUGUCAAACUCGGUCCUAUGGGUCCGAUAAAUGUUUCGUGCUGCGUUCCAUAAACAAACACUAAAAAUAUCAUCCGUAGAACAAAUCGUGCCCGUCCCCCUUACCGUCGCGUUAACCGCCAAUCAUUGUGUUAUCAUGGACGAUACCAUGCUGUAGCCGAGAGCUCCAGCAUCAGCCGAACUACACAGAUCCUACAGAUCCAUUAUCCACAAGCAGGCAAGGCAAGGUCGCCAAACGCCAAAAGCCGAAAGCAAACCAACUUUACACACACAUCCGGAUACGACAGCAACAUACGUCGUAGCUGAUAAACAUGAGCCUGAAUCAGCACAGUGGCCCCGGUCCGCCGUCGGAGAUCUGCGGAUUAUCGGUGGACCAGGUGGACUCCUCAAUGUCCGCCCCGUCGCCCUUUGUCUGGCCCAGCACAGCGGGUAUGUGCAGCUCCACCGCCACAACAGCCACAUCCAAUGGAGAGGCCAUCGGAGAAGCUCCCGUGAAACAUCAACCGCUUCACAACGGCGGAUGGAUCGGGAUGGGUCUGCCGCCGGCGCCCGUGUCGCGGACCAUAUCAUCGGAUCGCCUGGUCACCGGCAGCUCAUGUCGGGCGCUGCGUCAUGCCGUCUCGGCAUUAUAUUCCGUGGAUGACUUCGUCAAGGAGAAAAUUGGAUCGGGAUUUUUCUCAGAGGUUUACAAGGUCACACAUCGUACAACCGGCCAGGUGAUGGUGCUGAAGAUGAAUCAGUUGCGGGCCAAUCGACCCAAUAUGCUGAGGGAGGUGCAGCUCCUGAACAAGCUCUCGCAUGCGAAUAUAUUGAGCUUCAUGGGCGUUUGCGUGCAGGAGGGCCAACUGCACGCCCUGACCGAGUACAUCAACGGCGGCUCCCUGGAGCAGCUGCUGGCCAACAAGGAGGUGGUGCUCAGCGCCACGCAGAAGAUAAGACUGGCGCUGGGUAUAGCGCGCGGCAUGUCCUAUGUCCACGACGCGGGCAUUUUCCACAGGGAUCUGACGAGCAAGAAUGUACUUAUUCGCAAUCUGGCCAACGAUCAGUACGAAGCCGUAGUGGGUGACUUUGGUCUAGCCGCAAAGAUACCAGUCAAAUCUAGAAAAUCACGCCUGGAGACCGUCGGCUCACCGUAUUGGGUCAGUCCGGAGUGUCUGAAGGGACAGUGGUACGACCAGACGAGCGAUGUCUUCUCCUUCGGCAUCAUCCAGUGCGAGAUCAUAGCCCGCAUCGAAGCGGAUCCGGAUAUGAUGCCCCGCACGGCGUCGUUUGGCCUGGACUAUCUGGCCUUUGUCGAACUGUGUCCCAUGGAUACACCUCCCGUGUUUCUACGCCUGGCCUUUUACUGCUGUCUGUACGAUGCCAAGAGCCGCCCCACUUUCCACGAUGCCACCAAAAAGCUGACUCUGCUGCUGGAGAAGUACGAGCACGAGUCUUCGGCAGGAGCGAGUCCACUUAGUUCCCUGGAGCUAAUAAGCUGCUCUCCAGGAGGCAGCGAUUCGGAGAAUGUAAUGACUACUCCUCGGGCAGCAGCAGCACCCACGGUGGCCACUAUUUGUACGGCUCCAGCUGGUAUUUUAACACCGCGCCACCUGAAAGAAGUGGAUGAGGACGGCUUCCGGUUCCCGAGUAAAAAGUCCGCCUCGGCUGCGCUGCCGGGCACGCCGAAUGGAUCCGCCGGAAGCAACGGGUUCGAUGAUCACGUCCUGAAGUCCAGAGUGCGACGAGCCACCCAGAAAUUGGAGGCCGAGAUCCUGCUGCACCGGCGCUCACUGAGCGAGAACAUCAUCCACUUUCCCAUGCACACGUCGCCCAGUGACAAGGCGCGGUGUCAUCAGAUGCAGCGCCAGCGAUCCUCCACUCACUCACCAACGCCUCCCAGGCAGCUGGCCUCGGUUCAACUGCCGGCCACGGCUAUUCCAGAACCGCCACCACUCCCUCAGCCUGUUCCCGCGGUGCUCACGCUGCGCAAGGUGGGCGAAACGAUGUGUCUGAAGGAUCCGCAGUACAAGCCGACAUCUGAAAAGGAUCACAACGGCUCCAAGCCAAAUCCGUUCGAAGCGCUGGCGCAGCUGCGGGGCGUUAAGAAGAUCCUGGACGCCAAUCCGAAGACCUAUGCAGCAGGAGUGGGAGAUCUGUUCAGUUCGUGCUUUGAGAUGUUGGCGCCGUUCUUCAAGGAGCUCGCCGCCAUGCAGAGCAAGGCGGUUGGCCAGGGAGGGGGAGCGAGUACGGAUGAGGCAGCAGCAGCAGGAACCACUGCUGCAAAGGGAGCGACGGCAGCGACGCCCAGUGAACCAAAGAGUCUGCCAGUGUCGCCGCAUAUGACGCGCAAGUACAGCGCCAUCGAACUCCAGCUGCCGCAGCGGAUCAGCAAUGCUGCUCCUCCAGUUACCAGUACCACUGCGCCACCAGCAGCGCCAGCAUUGCCAGCGGAUGAAGAUGACUGCGAUGAUUGCACCUCGGAGGGCGAGGAUCCCGACGGCGGUGGCAAUUGCGCGGAUGCGGAGUCCAGCAGCGAUGACAGCGCCGUGCGUCCUGCCACCGUGCCUACCGCUCGCAAAUACCGCGCGAAUUCCCUGUACACGCAUCCGCUUUUUCGUGGCCCCAAUGGCACCAGCCUGAAAAGUACCAGCACCAGCGAAUUCGAGAGCUCAGCCCUGCUGAAGGCCAGCGCAUCGACCAUUACGCUGACUGCUUCGGUGGGUGCGUCCAAUUCUUGCGAGGAUCUGACUGAAAGCGCCAAGAAAUCCAAAGACCAAACGAGUUGCGGUGCAGCAGCCACGGCCCUCGCUUCGCCCACUCAAAUGUCCGGCUGCUCAGCGAGGCUGGUGGAAACCCCCGCCUCCGUUUCAUCCUGCACCGAUCUGGAGCUCGACGAGCUGAAGAAUACCUGCGAUCUAAGCGAACUGAAGAACUCGUGUGAACAGCUGCCCCUGAAGACGAACCUAACGAGGCGGGACUCCAUCGAAAGCGGCUUCUUUUCGUGCUUCAACGAGGAGUCGGAUGCGGCGAUAACCAACAACAGUUUUGGCCGACAGCUCAACGGGAUUGGGUCGUUGGGGUUUGGUUGCGGCGGCGGGGGCAACAGUAGUAACUGCUGCUACGAGAAGUUGAAGACGCAGCUAAUGCUCGAUGCAUGCGUCAGCGCAGAUAGUGAAAUCAACGAUAAACUUGCGAGUCUGUGUCGCUGCUGCUACUAUGCCACCUCGACAUCGAAUGCCGCCGUAACUGCUGCCGCUGCUGCGGCCCAACAGCAACAGCAGAACCACUUGCUCAACGACACAUCCUCGACCUCGUCGUCGGUGCUGCUGAUCGACAACGAUCCCGCCGUGAUCGGGGGAAAUACUUCAUCAUCCACAGCGCUGGACUCGAUGGAUGACCUGGAUGCCGACAUAGUGGCUGCGCGGCCCACACACCAGCGACGGUACACCUGUCACCAUGCGUUAAUCAGCGGCAAUGGCGGCGACUCGCAGAUGGCGGCCACGGCGGGCCUGAUCAAUCGAUUGGCUCUGGACUCUGAGAUUCACACUCUACUCCAGCGCAGUCCGUUCGCAACGAAUCAACUGUUGUACUGCAAGAACCGCACCUCGUCCAUCUACACCGAUAGCUCCGAUGACAUUAGCAGCUUGGCCGGAUCCGAUUCCCUGCUCUGGGACGACCGCUCCUUUACGGCACUGCCCAGUACGAGAUCUGCACAGAUUGCCAAGAUAGUGGAGUACUUUGAGCGGAAGCGACAGGACUCCUCGCCGCCGUCGAUGCAUCAUCGCAAUGGAAACGGAACUGUGGCCGCUGCUGUGGCUGCUUCGGCACUGGGGUCCAACUACCUCUCGUACGAGGCGCGCCGCUACUCGGAUUUCAAGCGGCACCUGAAUGCAGAUGCCCUGUGCUUCGAUCUGGACAAGAAGCCGGCGCAGCAAAGGAUGAUGGUGUGCGAGGGUGCAGUGAAGUCUAAGCUUCCUAUAUUCGACAAAAAGAAGCAACAGCAGGGCGGAUAGCCGGACACCCAGACCUGAUUCAUAUUUAACUUAUUUGUUCAGUCACCCUAAGACUUGGUUAGAUUCUGUGAGAUUUUUAUCCCCAUAUCCUAUUCCUUUAUACCUGGCAGUACCACUUGAUAAGAAUACAAAAAAUAAUCGCAACUUAGUUUGCCCACAAAAGUUGGUUAGUUUUCGAUGCCUAAAAGUUUAAUUUUUAAGUUCAUAGUUUAUUUCCUUAUUGUCGUGUGUAUAGAGCGCAGUUGCAAAUAAGCCAAAAUGUUCUACUAAAAAUUAAGCAUGCCCUUAACAAUAAGAGAAUCCAUUUUGUUUGUAUUAGUUUGAAAAUUGUAUCUAAUUACCAUUUAUAAAAACAUAUUCAUAUGUCGUACUGGUUCCUAGUCCUUCAAAUUUACAUCGCUACAUAUAUUAUGCUAAAUUAGCGAGUAUUCAGAAACCAAUCAUGGAAAGUAUUUAUUCUUAAUAAUUAAACCUGUCGCUGGUAAACUCCUACGAAAUGGCAUAGCUGUUCUUUAUAGAUACAUUUACAAAUAUUAUUACAUUUAUCGCGCUAUUUAUUUGAUUUUGUCUAAACUCUGUAUAAAAAGAUUAUGUUUUAAUACAAUACAAAUAUACAUACAUAUACACAUUAAAUGGCAUAUUGCAAUACAUACAUUUUACCUGUAAUGAUUAACUACCACGUAAGGUCAAAGUUAAAUAUCGAUGUAGACUUAUCAACUUGAGGUUUUAAGACUUGAAACCCCCUUCCCCUCGAAAAUUGUACAGAUGAUCCCGGAUCAAUUCGAGAAGCAAGACCAUUUAUCAUUGGGAACUCCCGAUCGGCUUAAUCCCGGCUUAGGACUUUAGUUUUAGUUUCUUACGUUACAAAUAUGUGGGUAUCUGCAUUACAAAUAAAUACAUAUGUAUACAUUACACCCAGCAGAUCAAUAUCAAAGAUUGGCUGAGAAAUUUCAGAUUUUAUAAAGAGUGUAUUAUGGGA